AACAAUUAAUAGCUCUGAAUGUCUGCUCUUGGUUUGAGCCCUGGGGUUUGCCUGUGAAGAAUGCAUUUGUUGUUAAAAAAAAAAAAAAGAUAAACCAACAUGAAGACCUGAGAGCUGUCAAAAAGCAAGCCAUUUUGAAGACGUCAAAAGAGGGAAAAUAGAUCUGAGCCAUCCUACAAGCACUGGACAUAGCCAAUACAACUUGAAGAAGACUUUGAGAGCAGAAAUAUAGAGGCUAUAACACAAGAUGCAAACAACUCGUCAGCAAUAAGAAUCUGAAGGCAAGAUUGGAAUUCGCAAAGAAAUACAGAGAUGAGCCACAAAAGUUCUGGAACCAAGAUUAACCUCUACCAAAGUGAUGGAAACCCAAAGGGUGGAGAAAGAAAUGGUGGAGGUAGUGUCAUGGCUUGGGCUUGCAUGACUGCUUCUGAAACGGGCUCAUUAAUCUUUAUUGAUGAUGUAACUCAUGAUGGUAGCAGCAGAAUGGAUUCCGAAGUCUACAGAAACAUUCUGUCUGCCAAUUUACAGAGAAAUGCAUCCAAGCUAAUUAGGAGGAAAUUCAUCAUGUAGCAGGACAAUGACCCAAAACACACUGCCAACACAACAAAGGACUUCAUCUGGGGAAAAAAGUGGAAGGUUUUAGCCUGGCUAAAUCAAUCACCAGACCUUAACCCAAUUGAGUAUGCAUUUCACUUCCUGAAGAGGAGACUGAAGAGAGAAACCCUACAAAACAAAUAACAGCUGAAAGAAGCUGCAGUUCAGCUGAUGCAGUUAUUGCAAGCAAAUAUUGAAUAUUAAAUAUUGAAACCAAAUAUUAAGUGUUAUUUACUUUAAGAUGAUCUUUUCCUAUACUUUUGCUCACCUAAAAAUGGGGUGGUCUUCCACCAAGGGUGCCGUGUUCUAAGGUGUAAAUAUCAGGAAAUGAAAGCUGAAAUUCUGAUCUAUCAGUUCAUAUUCAAAUUUUGAUCUCAAACUCAAAUGUCUUCAGGGUAUAGCAAAAACAAAAGAAAUGGCCUUGCUGUUCCAAUACUUUCGGAGAAGACUGUAUAUGAAUAGGCUAUUUAAUCUGGAUUUAAAUAGUAUAUUUUAAACAAUAUACAGAGUCUGAGUUAGAGGGAGCUAUUUUAGUGGGCUUGACCAAGCAUAAAAGAGGCGGAGCGGAAAAAAACAGUUUAUCUAGCUGGCUAGAUCUCUCAGGUAGUGUCAGAAUUCUUUUCAUGUGGCUCUUUGUAGACUCUCAUGUUCUUUCAAUGGAGUUGUUACGCAGCAUCAGAAGUGUAUUUUGCCUCUGCCUGCUUCAUCUCGCAGUAACUGACACCACUGCUCUCAAUAUAGUUGUGACAUGUACCAAGACAAAUGAUUUGAACCCUGACACAUGGUGGACACCUCCCAAAUCCAAUCCUUCUCCGCUACAUGAUCUUAAAGUUCAAUUUACUUCUCUGAAUGGUGCUCCAGCUUCUCUUGCUCUCAACAUAACAUGGGCUAUAAACAUUGACAGUAGUAUUCACAGUAUUAACAGCACAUGGAUAGAAGUUGACAUGAUACAGAUACAGCUGAGAUACAGAUGUGAAUAUCAACCUCCAUUUACUUCAAAACAGGUCCACACUGGUGAUUUAGAGCAGCUUUGGUUCAGUUUUACAACCACAGAUGUCAAUAUUGAACCCAGCGACUCUUACCAGGUAGAUGUCUAUAAUCUUCCCCCAGCACCACCUAAUGUACGACACCAAUACUUAAAGCAAGCAGAGAUAGAAGCACCUGGAUGUGAUGAUGAACGGAUGAGGGAUCAUCCAACAUGUUUAAAGGAGAAGCAGGACCUUGUUACCCCAAAAAAUGGAAUGAGGCAAUUACAUUGUGAGCACUGGGACAUUUCUAUAGUCCGGAUAAAGGAUGAAAUACAAGUGAGUUUUGACUCUCACUUGAACACAGAGAAGUACGAGAUCAGACUGCGAAGAGGAACGCAUAUACUAAACUUUACUGAAGUGAUGGUGAGAGGAGAAAUUGAGACGCUUACAGCAACUCUGAAGUAUUCCGGACCAUGUAAAAAUCUUACACUAUGGAUAACACCAUUUUUUGAGCAUUGUGGAGUUACAUGCAAAUCAGUUUGCUGCAAUAUAGACUGUCAAGUCCCAUCUACAGCUGCACCAGCAGAAGAACCAAAGGAAUAUGAAACGUCUGUCCUGCUCAUCAGCACUGGGUGUGCAGUAGCCAUUAUUUUGUUGUUUAUCUGCCAAUUCUGGAGACUGCGGAUGAGGUCUGGCUAUUCCAGACGUGGACUAGACUCUGCAGGGUCAGUGGGAGUGCUGGUGGUGUAUCCUGCAGUGGACAGUGUGUUCCAGAAUGCUGUCAUGGCCAUAGCUGACUUUUUGCAAAGUCACAGAGAGCUGAAUGUAGUCAUUGACUUGUGGCAGAGAGGGAGUUUGGCGGAACAGGGCCCGCUCCGCUGGCUUAACUCACAAGUGGGUUGUGCUGAGAAAGUUCUCAUUGUCUUGCCACCUCAAAACAAUGAACUCAACACUGACACAGCCUGCUUAAAACUCAACAUGGCAUCUGUCGUAACUGAUUACACCGUCCCAGCGUCUGCCUGCGAACUUUUCUCAUUGGCACUAAACCUGGUUGCUAGCUGUGCCCAUGAUCCACAGCAGCACCAUAAGUUCUUGGUGGUGCACUUGGACCAUGGUGGACACAGAAGUACAAUGCCAGUGGAGCUCAGAGGCUGCAAGGCCCUUAUUCUGCCCAGAGAUCUGGAGAAACUCCAUCAACUGUCCUCCAGGCAAGGAGUAACAAUCUCAAGCUGCAGGUCUGAGUCAUACCGCUGUAAAGAAACCGCAAGGAGGGUCAGAGACGCUGUGCAGCAGUUGGACAAAAGAAAUGGUUUGUCUCACUAGAGUGGAAAGCAAGCCUCUCUGGUGUUCAGACCUUAGGCUGUGAUAAAGGCCAGUUUAACUGGGUUUCCUUUCAAAUUCUUUUAUUGCUUUUUCCUGAAGG